ACUAAUAGUUUGAUCCUCUUCAUCGAAUGCUUUAGUAAAAGACACAAAAGUUCGUUACAAUUAAAAAUUCUUAAUUUGGUUCUCCAAUCAACUCACUUUCAACUCAACAAUUCUACAAUCUCGAAAAAUCAUGGCCUGUUUAUGUUUGUUUAUAGGAGAUUUUUUAAAAAUCGCAUUUUGACAGCUUUGACAUGAAAGCCGCCAUUCGACAGCUGUAUCCAAACGGCUCAACUAGUGCUUGUGCGGCGAAAGCAAAUAUACUACGUUCAUGAUUACAUUUCAGGACUUUACCAUACUGCUGCUGGUUUGUAAUCAUGGGUAAAAUUUUCCUCGAACAUAUCAACGGCGAAAAGCUGUUCAACUGUGCCGUCUGCAAUACAAAUUUGUCCGCCUGGCAGGAACUCAUCAGCACCAGAUUCCAUGGAGCAACCGGUCCUGCGUAUUUGUUCAGGCGUGUCGUCAAUCUUACGUACUCCGAGGUGCAAUGCCGCCAAAUGAAUACUGGAUACCAUCUGGUGCGUGAUGUGAUGUGCAAGAAGUGCAAUGUCAAUCUGGGUUGGAUGUACGAGUUUGCGAUGCAAAAAACACAGCAGUACAAAGAAGGAGCUGUUCUUCUCGAGCGUAGUCGAUUAAUUGAUUCUACAGGUUUUCCUUUCGUUCAGCAGUAAAUGGAAAUGUAGUGCUUGAUGCUUUGUAUUUCCAACAAUUAAGUAAAAACACGGAAUAAAAUGUCCCUCUCGUGGAUAAUGCGUUUCUGCUGUUGAGGCACAAAUUUA